AUGACAUUUGCUAAUCAGGGAUGGACCCGGGCUCUGCUCGGCGCUCUUGGGUUCUUGUCGGCCACCAAUGUCUUGGGCCAAGACACCUGUAACGGUCGCUCGGAAUACUGCACGCGCUCGUACUCGAACAUCACAUUCGUCGGCUCGCACGACUCGGCUUUCGUUGGCGACUUGCCUACCCAGAACCAGAACCUCAAUGUUACCGCCCAGCUCGACCUCGGUAUCCGCUAUCUGCAGGCACAGACCCACAAGUCCAUUGGCGAUGACUCCGUUCUCGAGCUCUGCCAUACCUCGUGUCUCCUGGAGGAUGCUGGCCCUCUGUCUGAUUUCCUUGGUACCGUCAAGAGCUGGUUGGAUGGAAACCCCGAUGAGGUGGUCACUCUCCUUCUGACCAACGGCGACUCGGUCGAUAUCUCCGUGUUCGGAGACACUUUCUCCGGCGUUGAUGGGCUCGUCAACUAUAUCUAUGUUCCUUCCAGCCAGCCCCUGGCCAUUGGUGACUGGCCUACCCUGGGUGACCUUAUCUCUGCUGGUACCCGACUUAUUGUUUUCCUUGACUACGGUGCGAACACCGACACAGUCAACUAUAUCAACGACGAGUUCUCGUACUACUUCGAGACUCCUUACGAUGUGACCGAUUCCUCAUUCUCCAACUGCAGCAUUGACCGUCCCCCUGGUGCCUCGGCUGAGGGCCGCAUGUACAUCGUCAACCACUUCCUGGACGUAGAUAUCCUGGGUGUUGACGUACCCGACCGUGACGCUGCUGGCACUACCAACGCUGCCACCGGCGAUGGAAGCAUUGGUGCGCAGGCCGACGAGUGUGAGGCUCUGUACAAGGUCAACCCCAACGUCCUCUUGCUUGACUUUGUCGACCAGGGAGAUCCUCUUGGUGCCCAGACCUCUCUGAACGGUCUCUCUUAA